UGCGACGGGCUUAUUAUUUGUUAUAAAGUAUAUUCGUUUAAGUGCAGUAUAAAAGUUUUCGAAUUAAUUGUGUUUGUGAUAGUGAAUAUAAUUUUUAGAUAUCUAUCAUAAUGUCUUCGAAGGAGAAGCCAGUCUCUGAAAACUUCAAGUCUACUGCUGACUUAACAAGCAAUGUAGGAUUCCAGUCGACUCUCAGCAUCGAGUCAAAGGAUGCUUGUCAGGAGAAGGCUUACAAUCCAUUUGAGCAUAGACAAGUGGAACAUCCUACAACUACAUUUGGUGCCAUAGCUCAUAUCUUGAAAGCAUGCAUAGGGACAGGAGUGUUGGCUAUGCCAGCAGCAUUCAAGAACUCAGGGCUCGUCGCAGGUGUUAUAGGAACAUUAUUCGCUGGACUGGUCUGCACCCAUACAGUACAGCUUGUGGUUUCAAUAUCGCAAAAGGUUUGCACCGAAGCUAAAAAGCCCUCGAUGAGUUUUGCGGAGACUUGCGGCGCGGCGUUCGAAUUUGGACCUAAAAAGCUCCGCCCAUGGAGCUCCUUUGUUAAGACAUUGAUUGAUUACUCUAUAGCGGUUACUUACAUUAGUGUUCUAUGCGUCUAUGUAGUUUUCAUGGGUUCAUCGUUCAAAGAGGUCGUCGACUUCUACUUUCCAUCUGUAAAUAUUUCUAUUCAGAUGUACUGUGUUUUAACGUUAGUACCCUUAGCAUUGCUAUGUCAGAUACGGAAUCUGAAGUACCUGGUACCAUUCUCUACAAUAGCUAACAUCUUAUUGUUAGGUGUAUUCGGUAUCACACUCUACUACGUCUUCUUAGACCUACCACCGAUCACAGACAGAGAAAUGGUAGCAAGCAUUACCACCUGGCCCCUGUUUAUGAGUACGGUGAUCUUCGCUAUGGAAGGUAUCGGUGUGGUAAUGCCAGUUGAGAAUGAGAUGAAAAAUCCUCAGCGGUUCUUGGGCUGUCCUGGAGUAUGGAACACAUCUAUGGUUAUCGUAAUAUCUCUAUUUGGAGUUGUGGGUUUCUUUGGUUAUGUCCAAUAUGGUGAUGCAGCUAAAGGCAGCGUUACUCUGAACUUGCCUGAGGAUCACGUGAUUGCUCAAGCCACAAAAGUGCUAAUGGCGGUGGUUAUAUUCUUCUCAUUCGCUCUACAAUUCUACGUGCCAAUGGAGUUCAUAGGUAGAUUACUGAAGAGCAGACAGUCCAAUAGAUAUGACAAUAUUAUUCAGAUUAGUAUUAGAACGGUCAUCGUGACUGCAGUUGUUGGAAUCGCCGCCGCGUUUCCUAAUUUGGAACUUGUGAUCAGCUUCGUUGGUGCUAUCUUCUUUUCAUCACUCGGCCUCCUGAUUCCAGCAACCAUCGACAUUGUUUACAACUGGGACCGUGGUUUCGGAUUCCUUAAAUAUAGGCUGAUUAAAAACAUUCUUAUUUGUAUCAUCUCCAUAGUGGCAUUGAUUUCAGGAGCUUAUGUGUCCGUUGUAGGAAUGAUUGAAGAUUUUUCUAAGGAACCGGAACAUGUUAAUACCACUUUUGUUUAAUUGCCAUAAUAACUAGACCAUAAUGUAGUUAAGUAAUGAACAAGUACACAAAAACUGACGAUAAUUUAUUAUUGUGAUAUUUUUACGUAAGUUUACAGAGUCAGUGAAGUUACUAUUUAAAUUAUUUUGUGCUAAUAUCAAAUUUCUGUGGUUUUGACAUUACCAUUAUAAAUAUUUAAUCAAUACUAAUAAUCCUUAUUAUUUAUUUUAUUUCUUACAAAUUGUUAUCAGUACUUUGUCUUUAAAGUAUUACGUAUUAUUCAGCAAAACAUGACAUAUAUUAAAAAUAGCUGCCGAUUUACAAUAUUAACAACAAUUUCUUUAAAUUUAUUCUAUAGUGUCACAAUUACUGGAGAAUUCAAUUAAUGAAAAUGUUAUAUCAUCCUAUUUAAAUAAUUUUAAUUAGAGCCUCGAAUGUUUGUUUGAAUUACCCCAAUUAACUUUUAAUUAUAGAUCAAACAUAAUUGAUGAAAAUUUAUUUCAUAAAGUUUUGAGUUUUCGCAUACUUUGUAUCAAUAAAUUUUGUUCAUUAACAAUCGACUAGUCAGACAUUUUAUAAUAAUGUAUUAGCUUUUUAUUUGUUCAUACAUUGAUC